UCCUUUAUUAGUCCAAAUGGCUCUCUCUCCAGUAGCUGUCAUUCACUGGACCAAUCACUGGACAGCCCAGCUUUUUCUACGCCAGUUCCAAGAAGAAAAGGUCAGCUGAAAGACAGCUUUGAAUGUUUAGAUUUUGAAAUUCCCUUGUAUGAGAGGUUUGGUAAAGGAGGCACUUUUCCCCGUCAGUAUCACUUUUCCCAAAGUCGGAAGGAUUACAGCGAUGGUCGCCGGACAUUUCCUAGAAGUUACAUACCCCCAGAAAAUUUGUUCCAGCUGGGUCCUAGCAGCAGAACGAGAAGUGUUAAUGGAGAUAGCACUCUGCAGUUUGAUGAGCCCAGAAAGACAAGGUGGAGCAGCUCAGAGAAAAACUUACCAUUUCUUCAUUCCUCAUCUGUUGAUCACUGCAACAAAUCCCCACAGGCCCCAGAGAACUGGAGGCUGGGCAAGCUGCUUGGGAGAGGAGCAUUUGGGGAAGUCUACCUUUGCUACGAUGUGGACAGGGGGAGGGAGCUGGCUGUCAAGCAGGUGCCAUUUGACCCGGACAGUCAAGAGACAAGCAAGGAGGUGAACGCUCUAGAAUGUGAGAUCCAGCUUCUGAAGAUUCAUAGACAUGAAAGAAUAGUUCAAUAUUAUGGCUGCUUGCGGGACCCCACGGAGAGGAAGCUUUCUAUCUUUGUAGAAUACAUGCCAGGAGGAUCGAUCAAAGAC